AUGCCUUCUUACGUCCCGGGUCCCAUCCCUCAGAUAAGGACGCGACAGGUGAAAUGUCGGGAUCAGAAGGGGGUCACGCCUGCGUCAGCGUCAGCAUCAUCAGCAACUACGUCAGAUUCUUCAGGCACUAUGACCACAGAGGAUACCACCACGAAAGAGACCACGGUUGCAACUGCCACCACGGCGGCGUCCGAGGAUAACGGACAGAAGGAUGAAGCCGCACAGAAGGAGACGACCAAGAAGACUCCAGAGGAUAUUCCAGACAAGGGCGUUCAUAGCUCUGCCACAACCCUUAAGCCAAAGGGGGUCAGUCGUCGCGCCAGGUCCAUGAAGACCACGAGCUCCUCAGCCAAGAGACGGGAGCUGGAAGCCAGAGAAUUAACUUGA